UUCUCACCAGUUCGGUUAAGUACGGCAAUGGAAAACAGGCGGGAAAUAAUAGCAAUGGAAGACUCUUAGCUUCUGAAACGCUCAUUAUCGUAUCUUCAGAGAAAGAGAUGGAGGAACGGUGUGGAAGAGGUGGCGGCGGUGGAAGCAUCAUCAGCAGCAAUGGUGUGGUGAUGAAGAAGGAAGGAUUAGGGUUUUCUACUGGGAGGAUGAAAUUGGAGAACCCUUUUGCUUUCAAAGCUCUUCAAGUAUUCACGGGAUUCGGCGUAGGUUGUGGAGUUGGAAUCGGCAGUGGUGCACCUUUAAAUCUCGGUAGUAUUCCAAUGGUAGGGGAAGUUAUGAGUGCAGCUAGAGGAGCAACCAAUGCGUUUUCGGGGGGCACGCACCACGUGAAUGACGCUUUGAGGAAGCUUGGAGCUAGGAAUAUUAAAGCAGGUGUUGGCUGUGGAGUUGGAUUCGGUCAUGGUUUUGGAGUUGGAAUUGCAGUGAAACCAAGUGCCAUACACAAGCUUCAAGCUUCUAUUACGGGAACUGCAUCCAACUUGAUUGCAAAAUUCGGAAGAACGAGUGAGACCACCUCAAGUCAAACCGAGAUAGAAGAUCAGGCAUCUCAAUCUCUGACUGGUCACAAGAAACAUGUGGACGAUAAAGCAUCUUACAAGAACAGUGGUUCCUCUAGUGAUUCAAGAACGUUUGGUACUCGAACUGAGAAAGUGAUCAACAGUUUUCUCGACAACCCGAUUCUGAAACAACAGGACACAACUGCAGAAGAACGACAGGUAACACAAUUAGAGUCAGAGAGCUUGAUACUUCAGAUGGUGCUGAAACAUCAAAAACUCGUUAACGAACUAAUGGAAGAGAACGAAAAGCUUCGACGGAUAAUCAUAGAAGAUCUUAAAGUUUCACCCGACAAAAUCAAGUCAGUUUCCUCUUACAAGUACGAAACAACAUGCAAAGAUUGCUUCGAGUGUCGUAGAAAACAGAGAAGAAAUAGAUGAAGAAUGCUGAAAAAGCCAAUUUUCUUCAAUUGUUAUGAGAUAAAAAUUUCACAGUAUCAGACAAAACACAGAAUACAACGAACUGUAAGUUUUCCGCAAACUCUUACUUAUAUAACAGAACAAAACUCUUGCGCAAA